GAGGGACACGGGGCUGGCCCGGUGCAUGGGCGUGUCGGGGGGCGCGGCCGGGCCAGCGGAACGGGCCGGGGCAGCGGGCGCAGCCAUGUCCUUCUGCUCCUUCCUGGGGGGAGAGGUGUUCAAGGACCACUUCCAGCCGGGUAUUUACGUGUGUGCCAAGUGUGGCCAUGAGCUGUUCUCCAGCCGGGCCAAGUACGAGCACUCGUCGCCGUGGCCCGCGUUCACCGAGACCGUGCGUGGGGACAGCGUGGCCAAGCGCGAGGAGCGCCCCGGGGCCUUAAAGGUGACGUGUGGCAAGUGUGGCAACGGGCUGGGCCACGAGUUCCUCAACGAUGGGCCCAAGAGGGGCCAGUCCCGCUUCUGAAUAUUCAGCAGCUCGCUGAAAUUCGUCCCGAAAGGUAAAGCUGACAACGACCUGAAGGAGAAGUAAGCGAGCUGCUGCUCUGGCACUGCCCUGGGCUGACCCUGCCUUCACUGCUGCCUUCACACAGCAGGAGAACCCCAGGGAAGCCCCUGGUUCAAGUUUUCCCCUGAUUUCCUGGUCACGGUUUCCCCUUGAUUUCCCUGCCAAGCUUUCAUUCCCUGAUUUCCCUGCCAUGGUUGCCCCUGUUUUCCCUGGUCCAGCUCCUCCUUGGGGUUGUUCCAGCUCCAUCCAAGGUGCUGUGCCUGUGCUGAGCCCUGGGGAGGGUUUGCUGCUGCCUUCAGCUGAGGCAGGACAGUGUCCAGAUCCCAGGCAGGACUGAUGCAAUCCAGGCUCUGCUGGCACUUCCAGAGUAACUCAGGAUUAGCUGAGGUCAGGGGCUGGGUUAAUCCCUGAGCUAUUCUGGGCUGGGAUCAUGGUAUGAACUGCCCUAUAUAAACCCUUCAGGGUGCUGGGGUGAGGAUGUUUUAUGGUCCCACUGGGCAGCAUCCAGGUGUUCCCCCUGUGCCCACCUUGCACACGGCAGGGACGGUUCCACAUCGGCUCUGCCCUGGCCUUACACCUGAUUGAGCACUGUGCAAUAAACCCCAGGGGCACUCAGGUUCCUGCUGGCUGUGCCCUGGUGGGAGGGAGGCUGGAUUGAGCCCAGGGCUGGGCUUGGCACUGCUCAGGCUCCAGGAAUCGUGUCAGCGCUGCCCCAGCGCUCCCAAGGGCUGCCACUGGGAUUUCCUCAAUUCAACACCCAGUUCGUGGCCUUCCCUCCCUGUGCCAGGAGCCAGAUCCUACUCUGGAAUGGACACACAAGGAUCUCUAAAGAGGGGAAGGGCUGUUGCUGACCCCUGGGGUCUGGGGACACAUUUGGGGCUUUUCUCUCCACAUGUUCUGCCUCAAGCCCACAGAUCCGAGGGCACCAGGGGAAGUUUGCACAUCAGCUCAUUCCCUGGAGCUCACUGCUGCUCUUGUACCUCUCCAUGCUGAAAUAAAGCACUGAUUCACUGUG